AUGCCUCAAGUGGUGUGCAAGUGUAACUUGGAUGAGCCUCUUCCUAUUCGUCACAAAUAUCAGCAGCUUGGAGAUGUUAACAUUGCUGGCAUUAUUUCUGUAUUCUCAACCUUUUCUGAUGCCAUUGAUUUUAGUCAACACCCUUCUCAGGCCCUUCAAGAUGGAGUUAUAGUAUCCUUUCAGAAUUACCAGCAUAUACUUGCCCUAACCUUUGCUCUUAAAGAGAUCAAUGAAAAUGUCCAGAUCCUACCCAAUGUCACACUGGGCUUCCAUCUUUAUAAUAGCAAUUCCAGUCCAAGUUGGACAUACCUUGCCUCAAUGGUGCUUCUCUUCAACCAGGGCAGAUUCAUUCCUAACUACAUCUGUGGGGUCCCAAUCACUUUAGCUGCAGUCAUGGGGGGAUCAGACAUCUGUCUCUACAUGGCGACCAUUCUGUGUAUCUACAAAGUUCCUCAGCUGACUUAUGGCUCUGCUCCCCUUAUGGAUAAAGAGACUCAGGCAGUUUUCUUCCAACAAAUGUUUCCAGAUGAAUCCCACCAAAGUUGGGGCCUCCUCCAGUUAUUACUGUAUUUUAGAUGGAUCUGGAUCGGAGUUCUUGUUGUGAAGGAUGACAAAGGAGAUAAAUUUGUGCAGGAGGUGCUCCCCACAUUUUCCCAGCAUGGCAUCUGCUUUGAUUUCAUACAAGAGUUCCCUAGGGUAGAUUUUUACAUUGAUUUUAAUGAUCUAAUAGGCGAAGGAGUCCACAUAUACCAAGUUCUCAUGAACAGUACAGCCAAUGUCAUAGUCUUCUAUGGUGAAAUUGAAUCCAUAUCACUUCUGAGAACAUACCUCCAAUUAUCAGAAGUAGUGGAUAUACCAAAGAAGACAAAAAUCUGGGUUACAACUGCUCAAACAGAUUGCACUUCAAGUUCAUUUCAUAAAUCUUGGGACAUCCAUUUCCUACAUGGGGCUUUAUCCUUUGCAGUUCACACAAAAGAAGUCCAAGACUUCCAGGAAUUUCUUCAAAACCUAAAUCCAACUAAAAAUCAACAAGAUCAUUUUCAAAAAGUUUUUUGGGAACAGGCAUUCAAUUGUGUCUUUUCAAACUCAAAAAUGGAGAAAUCUGAGAAAAAAUGUACUGGACAGGAGAAGCUUGUGACCCUUCCUACAUCUGUGUUUGAAACACACAUGAGUGGCCAAAGCUACAAUAUUUACAAUGCAGUCUACACUGUGGCACAUGCUUUGCAAUCAUUGUAUUUAUCCAAAUCCAGGGGAAGAAUAAUAGCAAAAGAAGGAAGGCAACAGUUUUCAAAUCACAAGUUCUGGUGGCAGGGAACACCUUUUUCUAGGUGCAAUGAUCCUUGUGAACCAGGAUACAGCAAGGCCAAGAAAGAAGGGAAAUCAUUUUGCUGCUAUAAUUGCCUUCCAUGUCCAGAGGGGGAAAUAUCAAAGGAGAAAGACAUGGAAGAGUGCUUUCGGUGUCCAGAAGACCAUUAUCCAAACCCUGACAAAAAUACCUGUAUUCCAAAGCAAAUCACAUUUUUAUCCUAUGAAGAGCCCUUGGGCAUCAGUCUGACUGUUCUUUCUCUUUGCUUUUUUUUAAUGACAUCUUUGGUCAUCACAAUCUUCAUGAAACACAAGCACACUCCCAUUGUCAAAGCCAACAACCGGAAUCUCACUUAUACACUUCUAGUUUCUCUUCUCCUCUCUUUCCUUUCUGUCUUUCUAUUUAUUGGAAGACCCAAUAAGGUUGUUUGUCUCCUUCGACAACCGGCUUUUGGGCUCAUCUUUUCUGUGGCAGUUUCUUGUGUGCUGGCCAAAACCUUUGUUGUGGUUCUAGCAUUCAUGGCUACCAAACCUGGUUCCAGAUUGAGGAAAUGGGUGGGGGGAAGAAUGGUUAGUUUCAUUCUUCUAUCUUGUUCUCUUGUUCAAAUAGUUUUUUGUGCUGUGUGGCUGAUAACAUCCCCACCAUACCUAGAUUUUGAUAUGCAGUCAAUGUCUGAAGAAGUGAUCAUGGAAUGCAGUGAAGGAUCAGUCACCAUGUUCUACUGUGUUUUGGGCUUUAUGGGUUUUCUUGCUCUGGUUAGCUUCUCUGCUGCUUUUUUAGCUAGGAAGUUACCUGACAGUUUCAAUGAAGCCAAAUUCAUCACCUUCAGCAUGUUGGUCUUCUGCAGUGUUUGGUUGUGUUUUAUUCCAACCUAUCUAAGCACAAGGGGAAAAUAUACGUUGGCUGUGGAGGUCUUUUCCAUGAUCUCCUCCAGUGCUGGAUUAUUGCUGUGUAUCUUUCUUCCCAAGUGUUUUAUCAUUGUGAUGAGACCUGAACUGAACAAUAAACAUCAGCUCAUGAAAAGAAAUAGUAAAAGGAAAAUAGAAAAGCAGAAUUACAAAGAAUGUUACUUACUGCAAGACAAACUUGCAGAAGAGAGAAGAAAGAAAAAAAGAAAAUAG